AUGGCGCGUUACCGCGCAAGAGAGCCGCUGGCCGGGCAAAAUUGGCCAGAAAGUGGAAAAAGGCGCGUGCCCAUGACAACGACGGGUCUGAUUCAGAUCCAAGUGGGGAGACAGGCUCGGACACCCCCGACUACGCCUCUUAUGAGGAAGGGGACUCCAACGCGGAGGCGGGGUCUGACGCUUCGGCGUUACCUCCGAGUGAGGAACAAG